AUGUCCGCUCGGACUCGGAAACCCGGCGAUGGUUCCCUGGACGAAGACGGCCUGGGGAGUGCUGAAUUCAAUGGUAAACGCAAGAAUUGGGAUGGCUGUGACUUCGCGUAUGAGAUGGUCACUGUCUAUGGGCUCAAGAGGCCGAUAAUCCUCAAGGAGAUGAAAGACAAACACGCUAUGGGAGCUCAGAUGGGUCUGAUGCAAGACAUUGUCAGGGUUGGAAAUGACGCGGCCGGUUUAUUUACCCAGUAA